UGCGUGUCUUGACCCAGGCCUAGAGAUUUCUAACCCUUCUGAUCCCUGCACCAUGACCACAGUUAGUGUCAAGCCUAGUCAGCGCUUCCGGCUGACAGACUGGCACACCAAUAGCUACCUGUUGUCCACCAAUGCUGAGCGGCAGAGAGAUGCUUCCCAUCAGAUCCGCCAGGAGGCCCGUAUCCUCCGCAAUGAGACCAACAACCAGACCAUCUGGGAUGAAUAUGACAAUAAGACUCGUCUGGCAGAGAGGAUUGAUACUGUCAACCGGUGGAAGGAGAUGCUGGACAAGUGCCUAACAGAUUUAGAUGCUGAGAUAGACACCCUGACACAGAUAAAGGAGUCAGCAGAGCAAAACCUGCAGGCCAAGAACCUGCCUCUGGAUGUGGCAAUCGAGUGUCUGACCCUGCGGGACAGUUGUCGAGACAUUGAUGUGGUGGACGACGACGUGGAGGAUGAGCUACACAAAGAGGUGGAGAUUAUCGACGGUGCCAGGAAGGCCUUGCAAGAGAAGAUCCACCAGGCCUUUGAGCAGCUCUGCUUCCUGCAGGAAGUCCGACAGCAGCUCAACUCUGACCAGCGGAGCAAAAUGGAGACGCUGGAGAUUGACAGAGGCUGCCUGUCUCUCAACAUCAACUCUCCAAACAUCUCUCUGAAGGUCAACCCUACUCGCAUCCCAGAUAACUCCUCCACACUCCAGCAGUGGGAUGAAUUCAGUCAGUGCAACAAGAAUCGGGCAGAGGCCGAGAUGAAAGCAGCCUCAGAUCUGAGGGAGACCAUCGCCCUCACGAUUGCUGAGACUAAUAAUGAACUUGAAGCCCAGAGGGUUGCAACAGAAUUUGCCUUCAGGAAGCGCCUUCGGGAGAAAGAGAAAGUGUACAGUGAGCUCAAGUGGCAAGAGAAGAAUACCUUAGAGGAAAUCGCUGCACUUCAGGAGGAUAUCAGACACCUGGAGGAGGAUCUGCGGAGGAAGUUUCUGAACCUGAAGCUAGCACAUACCCGGCUGGAGUCCAGAACCUGCCGGCCCAAUGUGGAACUCUGCCGGGAUCAGGCCCAGUAUGGGCUCACAGACGAGGUUCACCAGCUGGAGGCAGCUAUAACUGCCCUGAAGCAGAAACUGGCACAGACACAGGAUGCUCUGGAUGCGCUGUACAAGCAUCUGGCCUGGCUGCAGGCUGACAUCGCCUGCAAGGCCAACACCAUGCUGCUGGACACCAAGUGCCUGGACAUUCGCCGGAAGCUAACAGUGCCUGCAGAGAAGUUCGUGCCAGAGGUGGACACCUUCACCCGCACCACAAACCGUACCCUAAGUCCACUCAAAAGUCGCCAGCUGGAGCUGGCCUAGCCU